GCGGGAUCCUGCCGGGGCGGGCCGCAGAGACGGCCCGAGGGCGGCCUGUGCGAGGAGCGGGAGGGACGGGGCCGCUGCCCGGCUGGAGACCUUCUCCUCAGCGCCCCUUCCCGCCGCGCCGGGCCCGGCCGGCACCGAAGGGCUCCCCGCGGGCAGCCGGGGCUCCCCCGCGCCGCCAUGGAUUCCGGCAGCGAGACCCACGAGCUGAACGGGCAGGCGGAGGGCGCGGAGCCGGCGGCCGUCGAGCGGCGCAGAACGUCGCCGUGGUUUCAAAGAAAUGGACCGAUGAAUAUCAACCACUACGCAAAUAAGAAGAGCGCCGCGGAGAGCAUGUUGGACAUUGCCCUGCUGAUGGCCAAUGCGUCCCAGCUGAAAGCCGUCAUGGAGCAAGGACCUUCUUUUUCCUUCUACAUCCCACUCAUCGUUCUUAUCAGCCUGUCGCUCUUCCUGCAAGUUAUGGUGGGAGUGCUCCUGAUAUUCCUUGUCAAAUAUGACCUUAACAACCCUUCGAAACACGGAAAGCUGGAUUUCCUCAACAACCUUGCGACUGGCCUGGUAUUCAUUAUCGUGGUUGUGAAUAUUUUCAUCACCGCCUUUGGAGUGCAGAAGCCAGUCGCUGAGUCGGCGUCGAGGCAGUAAGCACGAGGGGCCUGAAGCGUCCGUUCGUCCGUGGAUGCCGUUUGCACUUGAGCCAGUUGCGCUUGGACACAGCGGGGGAACAAAGAUGAUCUGAAGCAGCGGGACGUGCAGAACCGCUUUCUCCAGCGUCCAACCACCAACGCAUUCGCGCACCUAAAAUUUUCCGAUGUGUUCCUACGUACGCUGCUCAGCAUCUGAGGAAAGGUUGCUUUUGACCCAAGGACGUGGUUUUUCUGGAAUAUUGGCGUUUCGAUUUCUGUAGAAAGUAAUUGUUUUUUUCGGAGAAGUGGCAUAAGCUCAUGGUGCAAAGUGGCACUUGGCAGGACCUCCCGUUUCCCAUGCCGUUUGUCCUUGCGGCGGUUUGUCCUUUCCAGCACGGGGAGAAGUGACGGCCUUCACUUCUGGCGUGGUGACAUCGUCCUUUCUUUCGCUCGCUUGGCACCGAACCCCGUACUCCGUAGCGCAGCGAUGGUCGCCUUCUGCCGCGUGCUAAGCCGUGCCUUGUUUUCUUUUUUUUUUUAAUCCACUUUUUUUUUUUUUUAAUCCACAUCUCUUUUUUUUUUUUUUUUAAAUCCACUCCAGCUAAAGCAAAGAUGAGACAAACAGACACACAAAUAACCAAAUUGCUGAUAGUUUCUUACUGGUAACCGCUAAGCUCCCUAUUCGGUGCAUUGUGUUUAUUUCUGGAAGCGCCGUUGGAAGCGCUACCUUUUCUCGGCCCAGCUGGAAAACUGGAGGGUGCUGGGAGGCCUGUACCUGCUAAACGGGUCCUGCGUGCCUGUCAGCAACUCGAGUAGCAAUUUCUCUAUAACUUACGUUUCCCUCUUCUCGUCCCAAGAUUAAUUGCUGCGGUUGUGUUAUGAGUUUAUGGCUAAAAGCACCCCUAAUUUUUUUAAAUUUUAUUUUUCAAGAUAUAGAUGGUAUAGAUAUAAAUAUCUUCUAGGUUCUUACCUGCUGGCUCAGGGACUGCUGCUUUUUUCUAAAGACACUAUUGCUAGUGAUGGUGUAGGUUACAAACAUUUCUACGACAAAAACAUUUCAGCCAUUUCAUUUCAGAAGUAUCACAUCUGCAAUCGGAAAAAUCCUAUUUUUCUAGAGUGUGCUUACUUGUAGAUGCAGAUUUGUACUAAUACGUUUCCGUACUGUUAAUUUUUAAAUGCUGCCUUGCGCGUAUUAAUAGAAGUUUGACUUCCACGUGUCUCAUCUCAUUUACCGUUUGUAUUGAUCACGUUUCUCCUUAGUUAUGUCUCGAGGCCCGUUGACGUACCGUAUCUCAUUUACAUGUUCUGUAGGAAUUACUAACCGAAAACGAAUCAGAAACUUGUGUGAUUAGUAGUGGAAUAGACAUAACUUUUUUAUUUUUUAAUUCGUCUUUUGUUGCUUCGUUUCCGACAGAACGCGUAUUCAACCAGGGUCUAUCAAGCAAUGGAUUUAAUUGUGCUUGUUGUACUAACUUAAAGGUAGCUCAGAAGAAGUCCUGACUGAGGUACUCAGGAUGAUUUUCCGUAUUUAUUUUUUACAAACCAGCGAACUGUGAAAGGACUAUUCCUACACACCUGUGCUGUCGCGGUUGCGGCGCUGCGGUGAAUUGACUGGCCAAAGAGCAGUGCUGCAAACCUGCAGAAAACCCUUGCUUUUGGAGAAAAACAGGUGUCUGUAGGCAGAGCCCAUCCGAGAGUGAAAUUUAUCCGUGGCUCAGCAUCGGGCAGUAAUUUUGAAGAGAUUCUUGAACGUACCACCUUUGUUACUUUCCACCUUUUCACUCCCUGGAGUGUUUGCCCGUCCGCGCGUCGCGUUCGGUCUGGAGAGGCUCUGGAGCCGUCUCCCUCUCUUCUCUAGAGGAAACUUCGUACCUACGCUCCGUCUCUGAAGUCGUUGCUUUGUGUUGUCCUAAAUACAUUACCCGUCCAAAAGAGAGUUCCUUUUUAACUUGGCUGCGAAUAGGAGGUGCUUUUCAUUGCCAGAUUUGCAUCUUCCUACUUUUUAAGCGAGACCUAAAAAUGGGAAGAAAUGUGUUUCUGGCACUGAGCACUUUUUGACUUUUCCUUACUCCCCUCAAGGCAAAUGCGAACAGAUGCCCAGGCUCUGCUGAUGUUUUGCUGUUUUAUACUUGGUGGUGGCUUGGCCCCAUUCUGAACGUGGCUUUCCAUUCCUGUGCCGCUCUCCUACGAGCACGAUUGUCUUUGUCUCGCACCGAAGCGCUGGGAAGCACUCACAGAGGGCUGCAGUACAGACAUGCCGGCUCUUUUCCCGUUUUAUUCCCCUCAUUAUCGGACCGCAAUUUUUCAAGUCGCUCAAGCAAACAAGCUGUUACGGUAGGUUUCUCCAGAAAAUUAUAACGGCUGUUGUUAGAGCAUCCUUACUGCUAAGCUGUUGUCCAAGAGAAGCUACCGAGGCUUGUCCAUCCCGUCUCCCAGUGGCUUCUGGAGCUAACUGGAUCCAGAGCAGUUGGGUGGGGAACACUCGGCAGGUGGUGACUGGUCAACACAUUCCAGUGGACUUGGGAAGACGCGGGUUUUGGGACAUACAGGAGGGAAAGGAAAACUACUUCAAGCUUGAACACGUUGUCAGGGUGCCAAGAGCUGGGUGUGGAGGUCUGUGUCAAGGGGGCAGGGGUCUGUUCCCUUGACCGCUGCUGGAGCUGGGCUCAGAACAAGGACAGCCCCCCCCCCCCGAACCCCUUCUGCCUCCUGAGCUCCUGAAAGUGGGACUGAAGCAUCACAGCAGAGACACCUGCAGCGUCGGAGGGCCUGGGCUCUUCUUUUGGUUCUAAACACCAAAAACCCCUGAUGUGAAAGCCAUCCACCUGACUACGAGACUGUCCCGGGCAACAGCAGUAUUCAACUUGCAACUGAACGUCUUUUUUUAAAUAAAAAGGAUGCUGGUUUAUUACCAUGUCUUUUAUUGUGAUUAAGCAAGAUCUGCAAAACGUUCUCAGACACGCAAUCUGUGUUUUAAGUCUCUGAAGCCUUCAGAGAUCAUGUAUUUUUUAGCAGACAAAAGCAUCUGCGAGUUGGUUUCAAGUCUAAAUAAUUUAAUCCCACGAUUAUUCUUCUUUUAAGUCAGGUGCUUAUUUAAAAUCCUAGCGAAUAUCUCCUAGGGGCGGCAAACAAAUGCAUGGCUUUAAAUGGUUCUGCGGUUUGCUGUGCUUCUCCGGAGUUCUUGGUUGUGGGCAAAUGUUCCACUUAAAAAAGAGGUCAUCAAUAAUGAAGCGAGAUGAAUUUUUCCAGGCUGUCUGAGGAAACGGUUCAUGCCGGGUCAUCCGUCUCCUUCUGUUUCGUAAGCUGCUGAGCGGAGCAGGAAUUACACGCGCUGCUCUGGUCCUUCUCAUUAGUCCCUUCAGCAUCCAGCACUGCCUGCGUCGAAAUUUUCCGCGUAGCCGUACUUACUGAAGCAGGUGACAACAGCUAUAUUUACUGGAACUGACUUAAAUAUUUGCCUUCUAACCCAGGGCGCUGCUGAAGCUUAUUCUGCAGCUGCGUAUUACGUAAAAUGGGCUGCACUGGGAAGGAUAAUCCCGGUUACCGUUUGCCCCUCAACUAUCAUUCGGAAGGUUUUGGUCACUCGUUUUAAUUUAUUUUAGCAAAUGCUUUGUCCUGUUUUCUGCCAGGUCUUCCCCCGAGCUGGGCUUCGGUGGAGGCACCGGACCGGGGCUCGACGCCCUGUGCCGGGUACCGGAGCUCUGCCCUCAUCUCCUCGAUCCAGGGCACCGGCUUGUGGCUACGUCUUGCCCUAAAGGCGUGGAUGCUCUUUUGUUUUAACAGCUGGAUGAAACAUGAUAAUCUUGGUUGUUCAAAUAUUUACAAAAGUUAUCAGAAACGAGUGACAGGAUCCAAACGCUAAGCUCUGCUUAUUUUCUAGCGUACCAAAGGUGUUGCCGUUAAAAGUUUUAUCUGAUUUAGGAAAUGCUACGUGUGGUACCCGUUUAUGCACUAUUUUACAGUUUCUUUUCAAAAAAAAACCAAAAAAACAAACCAAACCCAAAAAAACAAACCCAGAACAACGUCAAACGCUGGUCCUUGUUCUACAACACAAUUUGGUCAAACCACAGGAGGCUGGAAGCGUAUUGACUUACUGCAGGGCAGUGGGAACGCUUAGAAGAAAACCCCUAAUAUACUUUCACACGUGUAACUCGUAUGUUUGGGAACGUGCACGUUUAAACACACCACUCCUUGAAAAGGAGUCAUCGAGUCUCCCGUCAGGUUAGGGGCAGCCUGGGGCGUAUAGAAGCCCUGAGGAUGAAAAGAAGCAGGCUCCCCCUCUGCUUAGUUGUUUGCAUACAAGCCAACGCCGCCUUGCUUCUGAACGGCAGUGUGUCGCUUUUAAAGAAGUUAUUUUCAGGUUAUAUACAUAAACGGAAUAUCCAGAUGCGAGAGGUGGAGCCUCCCAGCUUUGCAUGGACAACCCCACAAACCCUACGCGUCCAUUAAGGAAUUAAAAAUUAAUAAAGCAAGAGCUUCUGAAGACUCCCGGCAGCUUUGCUACGGCUGUCUGGAGGGAAGUGAUGGAGGCAGAGCAGAAGCGGUCCCGGCCGAUGUCCAGGGAAGGAAACUGCAGAAGAAUCGUGUAGAUAGGACGUUUCCCUUAGGAUAAGUCCGGAAACAACUGGUACCUCAGAUACCACCAGCUGGUAGCUAUUUGUAAACCACUUAUUUUCUAGUAGAAAACGCCACUUAAACGUACCCAAAUUUAAUGCCCUUAAAGCGAAGUUCACGCGUUGUAAAGACGACACCACCGGUGCGUUUGGAUGCAGAUUUUGCCCCCGGGAACUACCCCAGAGGACAGUACGCAUCUCGGAAGAAACCUCCCACGGUGGUGGGAAACGAGAUGAUGUGCUUCUUUAUGGAACAACAUACCUCAGUGUAGUUUGGUGGGGUUUGGACUCUGCUGAUGAGAAGCGGAGAGCUGCUGUACUUGAGCAGCGAACUGGUCCCAGCUGGGGACAGAAAUAUGGUCCCUGGUAAAACUUUUUAACUUGAAGUGAAAAAAAAAUCUAAGCAGUGCUUGGUACAUGUCCCACUUUCUGCCACCAUCGAAUAUAGG